UGUUAUUUGUGUAAUUAUGUUAUUUUGCCUUGACAAUGGUGGCUAAACCAUGCUGUUCUCCUCCUUGCAGUGAGGAGACCUGGUGGCUACCAAACGAAGUCUUGGAGCAACAUCCUGAUGCUAGCCGAGGCUAUGCUUUGGCUCCCGUUUACAAUGUGAGGGAUAGUCAGAGCUGCCAAAACUGAAAGGCAACAUGUGAGCAUCUAAAGUUAAGCUGCCAUUUCUAUCAAGAAUCAGAAGAUAUAGUGGCAUGAACAAGACUAUGGAUCUCCAACUUCAAAUCUUUCAAGGUGUAAAAUCUCAGUGGUGUAAUCUACGAUGGAUGCUAUGCAUUCUGAAAUGACAGAUGAGAUGUUCAGGAUUUUCCAUAAAAUUGACAGAAACCUCUAUUCAAUGCUUGUUUUUGAGCUGGGGCAUGACCCCUUUGAAUCUGUGUGGGUAAUAGCUUUAUGGAUUUGGCUGGAGCGAAUUGGGUUCAACAACGUCGUGCAAACGAUCUUGUCCUUGCCCAAGAGUUUGAUCUCUGGACUUGCUGGAGAGGCAACAGUAUGCCUCAAAUGCAUCCGAGACAUGCUUGGUGUGCUCGCACCUGCACCAAGCGAAAUAUUACUAACUCAACGAAUUGUGGGAAAACAGUUGUCCCUCCGAUUUUUCCUUGAACAUCGGGUCACAGCAUCCCAUGGGAUCAAGGAGGUGGUAGCUGAAGUUUGCGUCAAGGCCCUGACGGAUCUCAUGGAGGCAGCCAUUCAUAGAAACACCGAACAGCGUUUCUCUGACCGGAUGGUGAUGAUACCCCCAGCAGCUCAGGUGCCCAGAACGCCGUCUACACAAAUGGGACGACCAAGAGGUGAGGCGUCGCAGGUGAGACCUCAGCCCAGAACGGGAACAAGAGGUGAGACAUCGCAGGCAAGACCUCCUUCCAACAUCCUACCGCCAGAGGAGAGGACUAUGUUCGCCACAUUUUCCAAGGGCUAUCCCGUGGGCGAAUGGGAAGUUAUGGCGUUCUUCACCAAGCUGUUAGGGAACUGCAUCGAGGCCAUCCACAUGCAGGCGGUGAAGCCCCAUGAACAGGCACUGUAUGCACGGGUCGUCUUCUUCAACCCUGAAGUCAUCAACGUCAUUCUCAACGGCCAGCAGAAGGCAAAAUUUACCAUCAACGGUAAGCACAUCUGGAUGCGGAGAUUCAUCCCAAGGGGCACCCCCGCUCCAUUGCCUCAAUACCCAUCAAUGAAUCCAGGUCCGUACCUGUGAGUAUGUGCUUACUUUUUUGUUCUAGUUUAUCGUCAUAUUAGUCAAUAAGUAGUCUAUCUACCAUUUUAGUCAUCCAUUUCCAUUCUGAACUAUGUCGAUUUGAAUGUUAUCUAUCUGAUUAGAUUAUCUUGCAUGUUAUUCAGAUGAAAUUGGUAUCUAUCUGAUUAGAUUAUCUUGCAUGUUAUUCAGAUGAAAUUGGUAAAGUUAAAGGGUA